AUGAAACAAGUGCUUGCCUUUGAUACGUACGGGACGUUGCUAGACACAGGCAGUAUCGCAACUGCAAUUCAGAGUCAUGCACAUAUCUCCGCGGAGGAAGCGAAUCAGGUAUCGUUGUUGUGGAGAAGGUACCAACUUGAGUAUACUUUCCGACUCAAUUCCAUGGAGCUUUAUGAACCAUUUGAUGUGGUCACCAAGCAUAGUCUCCAGCAAGCUGCUGCAGAAUUCCACCUGUCACUCACCGAUAAUGAUGUUGCAAAUUUAAUGGCUACCUACAACCGCCUUCUUCCGUUCGAGGAUACGGUGCCUGCGCUGGAGGCACUAAAACAACUUCCGAACGUUGAACUUGUUGUUUUCAGCAAUGGGACCGCUGCAAUGGUAGACACAGCCUUGAAGGCGUCUCUCCCGGAGUCCGUCCUUCCACUCCCACUCUAUCUCGCAGACUUCGUGCGCGGCUACAAGCCCAAGCCAGAAAUAUAUCACGGCCUUCUGGCUCACCUGAGCGAGCUGGGGAUUCGAGACGCUCAGACAGGUAACAACGAUCCAAAGACGAAGAACUCACCAGACGUCUGGCUCGUCAGUGGGAACCCGUUCGAUAUUACGGGCGCACGCUCUGCCGGACUCGGUGCGAUCUGGGUGGAUCGUGCAGGGAAGGGCUGGACUGAUUGUUUACCGCUGGAUGAAAAGAAGUUGGGGCCGCUGAAGAUCGUCCGUAGCUUGCGUGACAUUGCAACGGUCGUCCAGGACAUCAACCGUGACUGA